GCUCCAUGAUUGCCGGAUUUUCUGAACGGGAAGAAGAUAUUAGAGGAGGACUUAAAGGUGGGGGGAGAGGAAAGUAAUGAGAAGUAUCAAUUGAAGAGCAUACCGGUGUCUUCAAGGGUGUAGUAGCCCUGUUCCUCAUGAUGGCGGCGGCGAGCUUUUGGAGAGAGGGGUGGGUGGUGCGUGGGUUGCUUGCUCCUACUCUGCUGCUGUCUUUCUCUCCCGAAACUAUCGCCGGCGGCCAAAACUUCGCUGCCGCGAGAGCACGUGACGGUAAGCACAUGAUUUGGAGACUACUGCCUAGUUAUGGCCUGAGAGCUGAGGCAGACAUAGUCUCCCGGCUGGCAAGCGUUAUGAUUGGCCAGAGGCUAGCUCGCUUGCGAGUAGCGCGGACUCACCGCCCCGUUGACGAGUAUAUAAUCUGCCUUCACCCGUCGCCCUUUUGGACUUUUUUCUUCUUUCUUUUCUUCAUACUUACCUUGUUUGGGUGGCUGCGAUCAAGAAGGCGGUCCACCACGGAUUGGUCCCUGCAUUGCACAGCGCGGAGGAACAAUCCGUUCAACGGCCUUCGGGUCAUUGACAGGCGUAUUCUUUGGCACUUUUCCUUCGGGAUAACUAUUUUUCUUUUCAUCAUCGCUUCGCCUUGUGCGGGGUUAUGGAGAAGAGAUGCUUUUCCACUUAGGCUAGCUAGAUUUCCAUAAGCAACUCAUCCGUGUCUACGCAUUCUGCAAUGCUGUCCUUGCACCAUGUUCUCGCCUUCUAGCUCAAAUGGUCCAAACGCAGCCUGCAGCGUAAUGGGUACUGUACCCCUGUCGCGCGUACAUUGUGAUAACCCCGCU